UGUCCAUGACAAGUCGUGUGAGCUAGCUGCAAGUAAAGAGUAAUAUAUUUUUUUAGCUCAUAACAAAAGCAUUAAAAAACUUAAACAUACGGGAUUUGCAAAAUGUCGAACGCGCAGCGCUCUUUCGUGCAAAAAGUUUCGAAGCAGUCGGCUGCGGAUGUGCGAAAAAAUGUUUCUACUUGUCAUUUAUCAAAGACAAUCGAUUCAUCACUGUGCGCUUCUACGGUUUCCCCGACAGAGCCGCUAGACUAUGAAGAAUUUCUCUCCCAACAUAUGAACAUAAUUAACCAUGACCCCUUAAAACAUAUACUGGAUUUUCCUCAAGGAGAUGUAACUGUUAAAGUCAUUCCCCGGAAGAUCCGAACUGUUGAUCACAUCACUCCGAACGAAAAUUUAAAUGACUUGCCUCAGCACGUACAAGAAUGUGUAAACUGCUAUACCCGGCCAUGGAAGGUGGUCGAAUAUGCACAGCGGCACCUCUCCAGCUCGUGCUACAUCCGUGAGCGUAUCGAUCGCGGAACCAUUAGCCCAUCCGCGUAUCAGCAAGAGUUCGAGAUCGACAAGGAUGUUUCUACGUUUGAAGAAACAUUUGCAUAUAAGAGCGAGAGUUGCACUCCUAGUUCCAGGCAAUCCAUAGCAAGUUUGGCUUCAGUUAGCUCUUGCACGGACACUUUAACACCUCGUGGUUCUUGGGCUAGCUUUGAUCUUCGACGCUCAGUUAAUGAUCCACUAAUACCAAACCUGCUUAACAACGUACCGCCGGAGAACAUUGAUCAAACCAAUGAAGCACGCCGGCAGCAGGAUCGUCAAGUUGCUCUAUUCUCACUGUAUUCGGAAUCAGAAGCCGAGGAAAGCAUUGAACGCCGGCUUCUCGCAGAAUUACCUGUUGAACAUAUGGGCCAUCGCAUUCAGGUCAAAUGCCUUCAGCUUCGACUUGAGCUUGAAGUGGAACCAAUUUUUGCAUCAAUGGCUAUUUAUGACGCCAAAGAACGACAAAAAAUGUCAGAAAACUUCUACUUUGACAUGAAUUCAGAUAGUCUCAAGCGUAUGUUGUCAAGCCACGUCCAGUGCGCCGACAUAAGUACUCAGAGCCACUCGGCCAUAUUUGAAAUAUCCUACCCAAGUAAUGAUUUGUUCCUCGUGAUUCGUCUGGAGAAGGUACUUCAGGGUGAUAUUAACAAUUCUGUCGAACCGUAUCUUAAGGAAGACAAAGAUAAAUACCGGGAGAAGGUAAAAUCCAACGCGGCGGACUAUUGUGAGCGUUUGGGCAAAUACCGAAUGCCUUUUGCAUGGACUGGAAUCUACCUAACAAACGUUUUUAAUGGUGAUAAUUUUGAAAGCAAGGACGCUGGCGGGACGGAACGCGAAUCUUCUGGAAGUGGAACAGGUAGCUUGGGCACUGCUCCAAGCUCCAACAGUUUGGACCGCAAGUCCUCAACUAGCAGCUUUGAUCAGCUAAGGCGCAAGGCUAACGAUAUGAGUGGAACCCUUACCCGGCGUGGCUCUCUAGAACGAAAGGAGAAACGUCGAUCUUGGUCUCCAGAUGAUUUCGCAAAUGUUGUUGAAAACUUUCGGCCUAUCACCAUAACAGUGCCAAGCUUUUUUAAACAAGAGGCGGAUAAAAUGAAAGACGAGGAUUUGUACAAAAUCCUACCAGAAUUAAAACGGCCGAGCUCAGUUAUGAAGAAAUACAAAUGCAUACCAGGCUCUAUUAAACUAGAAAUAUCCCCUUGCUUAGAGGAAGCCAAGAACGCCCUAACACCAGAGCUGGCAGAUAUAAACCCUCAAAGUGGAAACAUUCGCCCAGUUAAGGAAAUCUUAGAGUUUCCGCAAUCGGCCAUUUACAAUCCGCACUAUACAUAUCGCAAUUUGUUAUAUGUAUCACCAAAAGAGCUAAAUUUCUCUUCGCGUGCAGGCUCUGCUCGUAACAUUGCCAUUCGCGUACAACUCAUGGCUGGAGAAACCCCAAGCGAUGCAGUGAAUGCCAUUUAUGGCAAGUCGUCUUGUCCAAAAUUUUCUACUGAGGCAUUUACGGCGGUCAAUUAUCAUAACAAGUGCCCAUCAUUCUAUGACGAGAUCAAAAUAGCAUUGCCUGCAUCGAUAAAACAGCAUCACCAUUUAUUUUUUACCAUUUACCAUGUAUCAUGCCAAAAGAAACCCCAAGACAUACAGCCGUCCGUAGAGACUCCUAUCGGCUACACAUGGUUGCCCUUACUGGAAGAUGGCAAACUAAAGGUUGGAGAAUUUAAUCUUCCUGUUAUGGUAGAGUCACCACCGGAAAACUACUCAUUUAUACCACCGAAUGUUCAUCUGCCUGGAAUCAAAUGGCUAGACAAUCAUAGAGCCGUGUUUGCUAUUAAUGUGGAAGCAGUAACUGCAGUUCAUACAUUGGACUCUUACCUCGAUCGUUUUUUUUUAAUAUGUGAAUACUUAGACACGCGAAACAUACCUUCUCAUAUCGGCGAAAGUAAUAUAGAGACAGAGUUAAAGAAAUGCUUGCUGGAUAUCGAGCAUGCAAAUCGUGAACCAUUGGUGAGGCAUUUACCAUUAGUUUUAGAUAAGCUUAUCGAAUUGUUGGUAAUAACCCACAAAGUUGGCGGACAGGCAAUGUCCCUGGGAUCUACGGUUUUCGAAGUUCUUUGCUUGGUGUCGUCUAUGUUGUCAAUACUUAACGACGACCAAUAUGACCAAUAUGGACGGCAAAGUUUGCUAUCAACAUAUGUGCAAUUUCAAUGUAAAAUUCCACACCCACAAAGCAAGCAACGACUAAUAUGCAGUCGCAGCACAACGGAAGACUUGCAGCAAACCGAAUCGUACAGCUUGUAUGAUAAUGUAUUGACUAGUGGUCGGAGUCUAGAUCGCAAAGAUCUGUCAAUGAAUAUUCUUCAAUCGAUUUCUGGACGGGAUGUCCAAGUGCGGCUGCUACACGAAGAACUGGCCCUACAUUGGGUCGUUGCUAGUGGAAAAGCUGCUGACCUAGCUAUGUCAAAUUCCUGGUUCUUAUUUGAACUUAUUGUUAAAUCUAUGAUUGAACAUUUGCAUUGCUCAAAUACUUUAAAUGGUCCCCGAAAGCAUAGAUUUCCCCAUCAGUUCAAUGAUGAUUUGUCCACACUAGUGCACUUAGUUACUACGAAAGUAGUAGGCUAUCAUAGUAACGAACCUAAAUUAGCACAAUCGUUAAAUGCUAGCCUAAGCUUUUUUAUAUUCGACAUACUAAGCAUCAUGGAUCGUGGAUUUGUUUUCGGCCUGGUCAAAACGUAUACCAAGGUUCUGAUUUCCAAAAACUCUUCCAUACCGGAUCUUAUGAACUACAAAAUAGACUUCCUAAGAAUUGUUUGUAGUCAUGAGCACUUUGUAGCGCUGAAUUUACCGUUUGGGACUUCAUACACGAUGGUAUCGGCACCAUGCAGCCCCACGCCCAGCACUACAUCAAGCAACAGUCAAACAUCAUGCGGAUCUCUCGAACGAGCUCUUCACGCCGACCUUAGUCCGGAGUUCCUUCAACAACAUUUUUUGGUCGGACUUGUUCUCAGCGAUUUGGCUGCAGUAAUGGAGGUGCCCAAUACCCAGUUACACGGAAAGGCGAUACGAUGCAUUCGCAACCUGAUGACGUCUCACGACUUGGAUACUCGGUACAGCGAUACGGAAGCUCGCGCAAGGGUGGCUGCAUUGUAUAUACCGCUACUGUCUAUAGUAAUGGACAGCAUCCCUCAGUUGCAUCAGCACGGACUUGAUCAGGACCGUUUGCAGCAGAUCGGUCAACUUGAGGAUUAUCAAGGCCCCCAUCAAACCAUUACAGCAUCCACCAUAAAUCCGGAAGUGGCGUUUGCCAUAUCAGGAAGCCGUCCUUACUCCUACUUAAACGAGCAAGUGAAAAACAAAUCACCGCUAAGUUCGGAAACCACGCGCCAUUUGUUAGUGUGCUUUCUUUGGGUGUUAAAGAAUUUGGAGCGCAAUGUUUUAUAUCGCUGGCUUUUGGAUCUAAGUCCCCACAGAGUGCACCAAAUGCUUCAAGUGGUUAAUAUUUGCCUGAAAACGUUUGAGUAUACAGGACAAAAAAACGUCCCCACUCUUAAACGAACCCAUACACAAAGUUUUAGAAAAACAGGCUCCACUGAUGUAAAGGAAAAGUUGGAAGAAUGUAUUAGAGGAACAAACUCAGCACGAUAUGAUCUUAUUAAUCGCCGAAAAGAUCGCAACUCCACAGAAAAAUUACGCUGGCGAAAGGACCAAAUGCCCUAUCGUUCACAAUACGUAGACGGUGUCGGCAAGAAUGAGCACGAAGUUGAAAUAAGUCACUUUAUUGAAGGCUCUUUGGCGACUGAAGUUUCCCUUGUGCUCCUCGACACCCUUGAAAUUAUUGUUCAUGUUGCCGUCAACCUUUAUCAUAAUCUCAUUGGAACUGUGCUUAAAGUUCUCCUUCAUGCACUAUCCCGCAAUCAGUCUACUCUUGCACUGCAAAACUUGUUUGCCUCCCAGCGCGCUUUAAUUUUUAAAUUCCCAAACUUAUUAUUCGACGACGAGACGGACAUAUGUGCGGAUUUGUGUUUAAUAUUACUGAAGCAUUGUGGUUCUUUAUUACCAGGUAUACGAUCACAAGCAGCUGCAUCACUUUAUUUGUUAAUGAGACAAAACUUUGAAAUCGGAAAUAACUUUGCCCGAGUCAAGAUGCAAGUGACAAUGUCUUUAAGCUCUCUAGUUGGCACAAGCUCUGUUUUCAGUGAACAAUCCCUACGCCGUGCGCUUAAAACAGUGCUAGUUUAUGCUGAAUCAGAUUCCGACCUACAGGAUACAUCUUUUCCUGAGCAAGUGCAAGAUUUGCUAUUCAAUCUGCAUAUGAUACUGUCAGAUACUGUAAAGAUGAAGGAGUAUCAAGAGGACCCAGAAAUGUUGCUUGAUCUCAUGAAUCGUAUUGCCAAAGGGUACCAAAAUAACCCUGAUCUACGGUUGACUUGGUUGGAAAACAUGGCUAAGAAACACCGUGAGCGUGCGAAUCAUACGGAAGCAGCUAUGUGUUACGUACACGCCGCUUCUUUGGUAUCUGAAUAUCUAAGCAUGUUGGAGUCUCAAACACACUUACCUGUUGGAGCUGUAAGUUUUCAACGCAUUUCUCCCAACACACUAUUGGAGUCAGCCGUGUCAGAUGACGUGCUCAGUCCCGGCGAGGAUGGCAUCUGUUUGGGAAAUCAUUUUACUGAAACUGGAUUAAAAGCUUUGCUCGAAGAAGCUUCAAGUUCAUUUCAAGUUUCUGGCAUGUAUGAAGCAAUGAACGAGGUGUAUAAGAUUUUGAUUCCCAUCUGCGAAGCCAAUAGAGACUUUCAGAAACUAAGCAAAGUGCACGGCAAGUUGCAGGAAGCAUUUAAUCGAAUAGCACAGUUACAGGGAAAACGAGUUUUUGGCACAUACUUUCGGGUUGGAUUUUAUGGCGGAAAAUUCGGAGACCUGGACCAACAGGAAUUUAUUUAUAAAGAGCCGACUUUGACCAAAUUGCCCGAAAUAUUCAGUCGGCUUCAGAAUUUUUAUACCGAACGCUUUGGGCCGGAUUCUGUGCAUAUCAUCAAGGACUCCAAUACAGUCGACAUCAACAGUUUGGACCCCGAUAAGGCUUACAUUCAAAUUACUUAUGUGGAGCCUUAUUUUGAAACUUAUGAAAUGCGUCAUCGGGAAACAUAUUUUGAGCGGAAUUUCAACAUUAAACGGUUUAUAUAUGCAACACCUUUCACGAAGAAUGGUAGGGCACAUGGCGAGCUACACGAACAAUGUAAAAGGAAAACGAUUUUGACCGCUGCGAAUCACUUUCCCUACGUAAAAACCCGAAUUAUGGUAAUAAGCCGACAGCAAAUAGUGCUGGAGCCAAUUGAAGUGGCAAUUGAAGAUAUUCAAAAAAAAACAUUGGAGUUGGCGGCUGCUACGAAUCAGGAGCCCGCUGACCCCAAAAUAUUACAAAUGGUGCUCCAGGGAUGCAUUGGAACCACCGUCAACCAAGGCCCUAUGGAAAUGGCUAGUGUUUUCCUUUCCAAUUUGUCCGACGGAACAACCAUCCCAACAAAGCACCAAAACAAACUUCGACUUUGCUUUCGCGAGUUUUCAAAACGUUGUGCUGAUGCUUUGAAAAAGAAUCGCAGUCUAAUACUUUCAGAUCAAAAAGAUUACCAACGGGAAUUGGAGCGCAACAACGAACGUUUCAUAGAGCGAUUGACUCCUUUUAUUACCCUUACAUCACUUCAGAAUCAUGGCGUUGUUAAGGCCAAUGCAUACAACAACAAAAUUACUCCACUGAAAUGGUAAAUCCCUACAUGACGUAGCCAUCAGCUGAAUAUUAAAAAACCUUUUUAACGUUUCAUGUCUAGCGUAUCGGAUUAUUUUAAGUAAGUAAAACUCGGAGUUUGACUGAACGAUCUCUAUUCUCUA